AUGUCAGCUCCUCUUCCAUAUCCUACUUGUUACGCAAGAGCUCUUCGUAAACAAGCCAUUUCCUUUUUAAAAAACAAAAACGCUCAGCGUCAUGCUUCUCUUGCAUCUUUUUUACCUGCUUAUUUGCUUCCAUCAUCAACACAAUCACCAGUCUUAGCCGUUGACAUUUCUAUUCCAUUUGAAAUUGAUCUUCGAACAGGCUCACUUUACGCAUCUUCUUCUUCUUCUUCUUCUCCAUCAUCUACAAAACAUUAUGCUCAAUCUAAAAAACAAAAGGAACAAAAAGAACAAAAAGAACAAAAAGUCCUCCAGCUAGAUCUGGUAAUUCCAAUUAAACCAACUCGUCCAGAGCAUUCAACAACUAAUGAUCAAACAUACCUACGGAUUAUCGAAAAACAAGUUGCCACAGAACUUUUGGCCCAUAUUCACACAGUUGUACCAGAACAACGUGCAGCAUAUCUUCUCUAUGAUAUUUUACGCAUUGACCCGCAGGCCGGGCAUGUUUCUUUAGAAAAUUCAGGAGGAAAUAUACCCACACACACAAAAGUAUUUGUAAACAACAAUACAUCUGCUUACUCUGAUCUCAAAGUACAAGUCUGGGAUGUUUGCAUAAAGUUCUUUAAGGAAAACAAGUACCAAAGAUCAAUUGAUGCUGUAGAACGGGCAGCUAGGGAGAAGCACAUGACACAAGAACAGGUAGUCGAGAUCAUAGCUAGUGCAGAGGAAAUGAUGAAUAUUGAAACAACUGACGGGCGGGUCCCGUUUGCUGAGUUAGUAGAGUGGAGUUGUGAAGAAGCACGUGUGGAAUUAGGUGAGCUUUUAUACGGUGUAGUGAGUGCAUUUGUUGAACGAGUUGGUGGGAUGUGA